UCCUUCUUCCGUUGAACUCUCCGUUUCUCUCCGCCGGGAAACCCCCAAUUCCGGUGGCGGGAACGGGACUUGACCGUUAGGUGAGACUCGGGUCUCUUCGUCACUAAGAAAAAGAAUAUUGUUCUUUUCUAUUCCUUUGGUUGUUGACUCCCUGUUCAAUCCUCUUUCCUGCUUGGGGCUUUCAGAGGUAUGGCCUUUACGACGAAGUUCAUUGCAGAGAAGGUGUUUCAGAAGGUGGGAGGAUACCAUCAUGGAAGUAGCAGUCAGAAGAGAAAUGGCCGGGAGACUCACAUCAAUCUCGCCGAUGACGAUGGUGGCGGCGGCGACGACGACGCGGGGAUGGAGCUUGUGCAGCUUGGAGCUGCCAGAUCCAAGAACGUGUUGAUUUUGAUGAGUGAUACUGGUGGCGGACACAGAGCUUCCGCCGAGGCCAUUCGUGAUGCGUUUCAAUUGGAAUUUGGGGACGAGUACAGUAUAUUUGUUAAAGAUGUUUGGAAAGAGUACACUGGAUGGCCAUUGAACGACAUGGAGAGUCAAUAUAAAUUUAUGGUGAAACAUGUGCAGUUGUGGAAUGUUGCAUUUCAUGGUACUUCUCCCAAGUGGAUACACUCUGUAUAUCUAGCUGCUAUUGCUGCCUACUAUGCCAAGGAGGUGGAAGCAGGGCUAAUGGAGUAUAAACCAGAUAUUAUAAUCAGCGUCCAUCCCUUAAUGCAACAUAUUCCACUGUGGGUUCUUAAGUGGCAAGGUUUGCAGAAUAAAGUGGUUUUUGUCACGGUGAUCACAGAUCUUAGUUCCUGCCACCCUACUUGGUUUCAUCCAGGAGUAAGUAGAUGUUACUGCCCUUCUCAGGAGGUAGCCAAGAGAGCCUUACAAGUUGGUCUUGAAGAGUCUCAAGUCUGUGUUUAUGGCUUGCCCAUCAGGCCGUCUUUUGCCCGUGCUGUUCUCUCCAAGGAUCAAUUAAGGGAAGAACUUGAGUUGGACCCAAGCUUGCCUGCAGUUUUGCUGAUGGGGGGCGGCGAAGGCAUGGGUCCUGUAAAGAAAACAGCAAAGGCUCUGGGAGAAUCACUUUGGGAUAAAGCAGCUGAGAAACCAAUUGGGCAGUUGAUAAUAAUAUGUGGUCGUAAUAAGAACUUAGCAUCCACGCUUCAGUCUCUUGAAUGGAAAAUUCCUGUUAAGAUAAGAGGGUUUGAGACUCAGAUGCAGAAAUGGAUGGGAGCCUGUGAUUGCAUUAUAACUAAAGCGGGACCAGGUACUAUUGCAGAAGCAUUGAUCAGAGGGCUUCCUAUAAUCCUCAAUGACUAUAUCCCUGGACAGGAAAGGGGUAAUGUACCUUAUGUGGUAGACAAUGGAGCUGGAGUGUUCACCAGAAGUCCCAAGGAAACAGCAAGAAUAGUGGCAGAAUGGUUCAGUACAAAAUCUGAUGAGCUGCAGAGAAUGUCAGAGAAUGCACUGAAGCUAGCCCAACCAGAGGCAGUGUUUGACAUCGUGAAGGACAUUCAUGAACUUGCCCAGCAAUAUGGACCUUUGGCUAACUUCCCUUACAUGUUGACCUCAUCCUUUACAAGCUUGUUCUAGUGAUGAUGUUGAUUUCUUGAUCUCCAAUCCACGUUAAGCAUUUUAUUGUAUAUUGGAACUGGCAUAGUGGCAUGUACAGUUUUAUUCCCUUAUUUAUUUGUGUCAGUCUUUGUCAUAGAAGCUUGGUCACUAGCUCAGAUGUUUGUAAGAGAUGAGAUGUCUAGGAGGGUUUUGUGCGGAAACGGGACUUCUUAUCUGUGUGCAAGGUCCUAAUUUUGUAUGGCUUGUUUUAGUGUAUGUGACUCAUAUCAUAUCUAGUUGAGAAUUAACAAUUAACAAAUAAAACUAGUAUUAUUUGCUGUUUGUAAGAUAAAA